UUUUUUUUUUUAUUAAGUGUCAAGGGGUAGCAACUUCACACAGGAAUCAAGGAUGCAGAGAACUGCUUGCAGGAAUAUGUUUCACGUUUUUUCUCUUCUGAUCGUCAGUCUGGCAGCAGCAUUUUCAAAAGUUACAGAGAGCCAUGGGAUAUUAGACAGCAUACAAAGGUUUUCUUUGCUACCAUCCUACCUUCCUGUAGCCUACACCAUCCAUCAGAGUGAUGUUUCCUUCCUUCUUAAAGAAGCAAACCAAGACAUCAUGAGAAAUUCAAGUUUACAAACAAGAGUUGAAUCUUUUCUCAUUUACAAGGCCAAGAAACAACCAGUGAUGAAUGCCAGCUAUGGACCUUUUUUUGUUGAGCAAACAGUACCACAAGACCUUCUCUUAAUUCCUAAUCAUUUUCAAUCUGCGGAUAAAUUCACUUUUAACUGGAAAAUUAAAUCUUACAUCAUUGAGGAAAAAAUAUAUCCCACCAAGCCCAAGGUUCAAAUUUUGUUUUACAUUGUGGGGAGAGACUGGGAUGACUAUACUACAACUGAGAGGCUUCCUUGUAUAAAGGUCUUUGCCUUUCGUGAAACAAGGGAAGUAAAAGGAACUUGCAAAUUAUCAGGUGACCUUGGAUUAUGUGUGGCCGAGUUGGAACUUCUUUCAGGGUGGUUUGAUCCGCCUACAGUGGUUGUUGGUCAUAAGAAAAUGUCUGAUCAACCCGAAGGCAGUCCUGUGGAGUUAUAUUAUUCUGUUCACCAAAUUGGUGAGAAAGGGGAAUGUGUUAAAGAGGAAGACAAAGGCAAAAGUGGGACCCGGGCUGCACAAAAUUAUAUUGAUGAUGCUGGCCCACCAUUGCAGAGGAUUGGGAGUGUUUAUCUCUACCAGAAUAAAAGCAACUAUUCAACUGAAGUGCAGCUGGAUGGUCAUGUGAUGAUUCGCUCUCAUUAUCAGAAUGUGAAAAAAGGUGACACAUUAACAUUUUUUGUGUCGCUCUCUAGAAAUGCUACACAAACCAAAUUCAAGUUAAGAGCAAAAGUGACAGAAGGUGUGAAUAUAUUUGGUAUAAAAGCCACUUCACAUUUAUGGAAUAUAAGAGAAAACACAGACCUUCGUGGAAAGUUGUCACCUGUUGUUAUCGAUUGCCAAAGGACAACCUCUGCUGCAUCAAACAGACCAGAUGAACCCUUCUAUGAAAUUUUCCAGAUUGAUUUUCGAAUUGGCAGCGCAAGUGACCCUUCAGGAGUCCAGAUAAUCACUUGGCAAGUUGAAUACCUUGGACAAAGUACAUCAGAACUUGGUGUGUCCAAAAUAUACGUCAAUGACAGAGAUAUUGUGGGUGUGAUUCCACUGUCAAUGGAGGCAGAGAUUCUGAAUACAGCGAUUCUCACUGGCCGGACAGUUGCAGUUCCAGUAAAAGUGGUAUCUGUUGACAGCAGUGGCACCGUCACUGAUAUCUCCGAAUCUGUGGAGUGCAGAACAUCUGAUGAAGAUGUGCUUAAGGUUUCUGACCGAUGUGACUACGUUUUUGUAAAUGGGAAGGAAAUGAAAGGAAAGGUUAAUGCUAUUGUGAAUUUCACUUACCAACAAUUUAAAUCCUCACUACAAAUGACGGUUUGGAUCCCUCGUCUUCCUUUACAUAUAGAUGUGUCUGACACUGAAUUAAAUCAGAUCAAAGGUUGGAGAGUUCCAGUUAUGCCUAAUAAAAGACCAGCCCGAGACAGUGAAGAUGAUGAUGAGGAUGACCGCAAAGGAAGAGGUUGCACUCUCCAGUACCAGCAUGCAAUUCUGCGGGUGUUUACCCAGUUCAUAGCUGAGCCCACUGAGAUUGUUGGUCAAUUAAACUACCUGUUAGGAUCUGACUGGCAGGUGGAUAUUACUGAUCUGAUUAGUGAAUUUAUCCAGAUGGAUGAGUCUAAAGUGGUCAUACUUAAUGGGCAGAUUUUGAUUGGACAAGAAGUGGGAAUGACAACUUUACAGAUAUUGUCUCCUCUUUCGGACACAAUCCUAGCGGAGAAAACGGUGACUGUUGUAGACGAGAAGGUGACAAUCACAGAUUUAGGGAUUCAAGUGGUUACGGGGCUGUCGAUGUCAAUUCAACUCAGCACAGGAAGUAACAGGGCAAUCUAUGCAACAACUAUAGCAGAAGAACACCUCAGUUCUCCAAAGCAGGAAGUAGAAGUCAGCUGCUGGAUCCAGUUUAGCGAUGGCACAGUGACCCCUCUGGAUAUUUACGAUCCUAAGGACUAUACUCUAAGCGUGGCAUCUCUAGAUGAGAGAAUAUUCUCUGUUUUACAAGAUUCCAAAUCUAAGUGGCCUGUGUUUUUAGCCACAGCAGAAGGACAGGGGAGUUUGGUCAAAGUUGAGCUCAUGAUAAGUGAGUUGUGUCAGAAAUCAAAAAGAAAAAGUGUUCUCACAGUUGGCUUUGGAAAUGUUAAAGUUAGACUUGGCCAGAACAAUGAAAGCAAUACCAGUCAUAAGGAUCAUUUUGGAAAAUAUGCCACAGAUAGAAGACAGAAAACACCUUUACAAGGUGUUAAGCCAGAUGGCGUCUAUUUUGGCACUCCAUCUGUGGAUAGAGAUGUUCAGACCAUGAACAGAGCAACCACUGAUCGAGCCCAACUAAGCAAGAAGAGAGAACGGGAAAGUCUUUUGGAUGACGAUAGCCAUCUUGCCAAUGCUCCAAUGGAUUUUACCAGUUUUCCUGCACAAGUUGACCUGCCCAAUAGCAAUGGGGAUAUGGACGAUAAUGAUCUUGCACAAAAUGGCAGAGGAUUAAGUGAUCUGGAAAUAGGAAUGUAUGCCCUUUUGGGGGUCUUCUGUCUGGCGAUACUAGUCUUUCUUAUUAAUUGUGUGACAUUUGCAUUAAAAUAUAGGCACAAACAAGUACCUGUGGAUGAGCAGGAAACAAUGACACACUCACAUGACUGGGUUGGGCUUACAAAUCAGACAGACCUUUUGGAAAAUAAUAUGAACUUUUCUACACCACAAGAAGAAUGCAUAACAGCUGUGGACAGGGGAACGAACAUAGUAGACAGUAAAUAUUUGCUGAAUGCAAGCUAUGCUAAAACUGUAAAUGGACAGGCAUACAGGUCUGCAGAGACCUCUUUCAAUGAGAUGAAAGAGCUGAGAGGGGAGUCUUCUACUUCACCUACCUCCAAAAGGAAACGUGUAAAGUUCACUACCUUCACCACUAUUCCUUCUGAAGAUGGGUGCCCUGUUGUGAACCCUAUUUUAAUGAACAUAGAAGAUGAUAUUAAGUGGGUAUGUCAAGAUCUAGACAUGGGUGACUGCAAGGAACUAAGAAACUAUAUGGAGAGAUUACAUGAAAAUGUUUGAAAAGCUGUUUCAGGCAGCUUCUUUGGUUAACUCAAUUAAUCAUUUACACCGAAUUUGAAAUGACCACUGGAUGUUUUUAUCUGACCCCGCUGAAAUAACUAAUAAUUAAUGCACAACAAUGAAUGGACUUCCACAGGGUAGAAAGCAAUCAAUGCAAUUCGAAUUUUGGUAAAAAAAAUAUAUGGUAUCAAUUGUCUGGAUUGUAACAAAACCCAUACAGAGUAAACUGAAUUAUUUUCACAGGUAUGCUUUUAAUUAUACCAACCAAGCAUGACUAUGAUUCCUUACACUGGAGGAAUUAUACGGGUAUCUGUCCCCUAAUCUGCACUGUCUAUUUCCAUCUUCAAGAAUAACACAACAUUUUAAAAUAAAUAAGUUUACCGUGCGCAUGAUGGAUCCUGCCCAUUCAUGAUUGCAAUUGCGGUUUGCAAGGAUCUUGCUUUGCUGCUGUUUGUAAAAUGAUCAAAUAAACAUGUUAGUUCUGUAACAGCACCAGUCCUUAGGAGACUAAAAGUGCAUUGUGCCACAUCACUAUACAACCACGGCAUGUUCCCAAGGACUAGAGUGCUAGAACAAUGUGGAAUUCAAAGCACAGCAAUGUGUGUUGUGUUUUUUGCUAGUACAUCGGAAUACAGCAAUUUCACAUUAAUCUAUGUGAUAACUCGGUGUCAUUUUACGUUUUACUAUUUGUUUCAUCAAAAUGCAUAGUGGGAUUCUUCAAAAUCCUCUAUAUGUAUUUGAUCUGAUUUCAAUGAACACAGUUUUGAUUCUGAUUGGCUGCUUUAAGCAGUCAA